ACGGCAAGACCUGCAGUGACAUGGAGCGUUAGGGCAACUAGUAUUUCCAACAUCCCUGAAGUUACACAGUAGGCAGUUUUGCAUGACCUUUGGCUAUUUCGGUCUAGGCCAAGUGUGCCUGUUCAUCCAGGGAAAAAGAGUCUGUCUGAACACUUUUAAAGGCACUGCUGGGAUUUGAACCCAGGAUCUCCUGUUUACUAGACAGGCACUUUAACCAACUAAGCCACAGUGCCAAAAGUUGGUCAACUAGCCUUUAUCGUCCUUCCCAAUUUCAUGAGCAUGUAGCGUUGCAUGUACAACUGCUGUUUUGGAUUAGGCCUAGUCCCUUCAGAAAGACUCCAUCAUCCAGAGCAAUUCUGUGAUUUGUACUCAAUAUUUUCUGUAUACGAAACAAGCAUUUUAACCAGCUACACUGAUUAUACCAGUGCACUAUACUGGACCUCUGGGAAUUAUCAAUAUAGCCAAUUAUCAAACAGUUAUGUUGGGGUGGCUGUGGCUCAGGUGGUAAAGCGGGUUGUCAUCUAAUCGUAGGGUUGGUGGUUCGAUUGUCUGAAGUAUCCUUGGGCAAGACACUGAACCCCAAGUUGCUCCUGAUGGCAAGCUAGAGCCUUGUAUGGUGAGUGAAUGAGAAACAGUGUAAAGUGCUUUGUAGAACUGCUAAAGUUAAAAAGUGCAAUAUAAAUGCAGACCAUACUAAUCUAAACAUGCACUUGUCUCAUUUAUGGAGCAACCAAUUAAAUUAUUGGUGUGUGUGUGCGGUACCUUGUAAACUGACUGGUGCAGCAUCCAUGGUGUAUUCUCACAUAGCUCCCACUGUUCCCAGGACAGCCUCUGGAUUCACCGCAACCCUGACUAGAAUAAACCCAAAAAGCUGUUGUUUAUUAGUUAAAUGCUAUAAUGAGCUACGACAUGGUGACAUUUUUUUUUUUGAUCACCCACUCUUCUCAUUUUUUUUUUAAAUGAUUUGUUUUUGCAUAUAUAUUAUAGUAUCAACUCAUAAUGGGAUAUAAAAUGAAUAAUCCUUUAAUAAAGAAAUAGAACAUAUUCAUAUCAAGUUAUUGUUAUAAUUUUUGUUUAUUUUUAAAAAAAUACUUAUCUCCUGUCCGUUGCUUUUGAGGGAUCUUUACACGUUUUGUUGCCUCGAGCAUUUCGGGGGUUAACACUAACUGUAACUGUCGCGAAGCCGUUUGGUUCAAAACACCUCAAAUAGGAAGCUGUGAUUGGUGGAAAGUGUUUGAAACGCGCAUGCGCCGCGGACACCAGGGAGACAGACGGUUACUGAGACACAAGGCAGAGCGCGCGCGCGGCGGUGAGUACUGUACUGCUCAGGUGAGUGUGUUAAUGCGGGAUUAUAAAAAUAUAUUUCACACUUAUUUUUAUUAUUUUUUUUAACUAUUCAGCUUAGUACGGUUAUUGUUUUCGUCAUGUUUCCUUUUGUCAUGUUCGAAUAAAUGCAAACUAGCUGAAGAGUAUUCAGACAUGACAACAAAAAAAAGACAAGUUACAGGUUUAGCUAUGCUAAUGUAAACAAGAUAAACAUCAUUAUUUACAGCCAUGUAUGAAAACAAUAGACGUGAUGCCACCUGAAUGUACUGAAUGACAGAAACAAGCAGCAGGAAGGAGUAGCAGUUAAUGACGUCAUGUCCGGUGAACGCUUUGUUUACCUAAUUACCUCGGUGUUUUUACUCACUAAAUAAUUUUUUUUAAAGUCAGGUUAUGUGUACUACAAUCCUUUUGAGAGUUUUUUUUUUUAAAACAUGGUGUUGAUAAUUUGUGUGGUUUAAAGACGAGAGAAACGGGCGAAAUGAACAUUUGAAGUGAUAAAUGUUCUGCUGAAGCCUGUGUUGUUGAUACGCAGUAAACAAACCCCAUGAGCUUUCAGCUGAAGUAAAGCAAACGACCUUAUCGUGUCAUUUCAUCUAAUAGGGCAGACUCCAGGUGUUCUGUCAUAGUAUUAUCGACGCAUACCUCACAUUUAGGUUCAUUAAAGCUGAAUCUUUUGUUACUGAGUAUUUAAGUUCAAAAGAGAGCAUGCAUACAUACUGAACACCUGAUGUGUCUUGAGGUUGUACGAUAUACCGUUUCUUAACAUUUAUCGCGAUAUUGGGUUUUACCUGCGAUAUACAAAUGACAAGAGAGAUUUAUUUUGUCAUGUUCCAUGACCAGUUUAAAUGAAAAAUCGAUUCACGUAUUUAGUCAUUAAUAUUCAGUAAUAAUUUUUUGUUGUUGGUCAGGGUCAGAGUGGAUCCAGCAGCUAUCCUGGGAACACCGGGCGGGGUUAGGACAGUGGUUUUCAAUCCUGGUCCUGGACCCACUGCACAUUUUGUACGUCUCUCAUAUGUGACACACUCAGCUCAGUUCAUGAAUCUCUCUCCUAACGAGCUGAUGAUGUGAAUCAGGUGUGUUAAAUAAAGGAGAUGUACAAAAUGUGCAGAGUGUUGGGUCUCCAGGAUCAGGAUUGAAAACCAAUGGAUUAGGAAUACACUGUGCGUGGAACUCCAGUCCAGUCCAUCGCAGGGCACCACGCCCACAUUCGCUCACACACUUAUUCACACCUAGGGAAGUUUAGUGUCACCAAUAAUUGGGUAGUGGGAGGAAACCAGAGAACCUGGGGGGGAAACCUGUGUGGACACAGAAGACAACAUCUGAAACUCAGGAUCAAAUCCUGGAGACACCUCCAUGCUGUCUUGAUUUGCACGUUAAUCUUAAAAAUUUACUCGUGAUCUUCGUCCCAAGAUUUAUUUCAUAGUGAAAUUCUGAGUUGCCUUUUGGAAAGUUGGGGGGGGGGGGACAUCUUUCAAACACGUUAGUCUGUUUUUUCACACAUUACCCAUAAUGCUGUUGCACGAUCGGCUGAGAGCAGGGCCAGUGGGAAUUAGCCAUUGCUGUAUUUCUACCUAGUGAACAAUGCAGCAGCGUUUUCAUUCCAAUCAAGCAGAAGCCACACCUGAUUCCACCUGUUUAAUCAGUUGAUCUUGGCUUUAAUUAGACUCGUGUGUGGCUUCUGCUUGGUUAGAAUGCAAACCUGCACCCACACCGGCCCUUUCCGGAUAAGAUUGGACACCCUUGCUUUAGUCUGUCUGGUUCUCUCACCUUCCAGUCUGGACACACCUCUAUUCCAGAGUCCCUGGUUUGGUCUGGUUAUGGGUUACUGUCUGUUCAGAAUUUUGCAUGCUUUCCCAGUGUACUUGUUUUUCCUCCCUUUAUCCAGUCGUACCUAAGGGCAAUUAAGAUUCGGGUCGGCCGCUCUAAAUCAUCCAUGGGUGUAAACGAGUGUUUGAAUGUGUGUGCAUGGAAUCCUGCGAUGGACAGGGAUCCCAUCCAGAACUUAAUUCUGGCUCUGGAAUCACCGCUGCCCUGACCAAGGUGAAGCGAUUACUGAAAAUGAUUGAAGGGACGAGUACAUAUACUAUGGGUCAAAAGUUUGUGGACACUUAACUGAAAUGUUUCUGAUGAUCUUAAAAAGCUUUUGAUCUGAAGGUGUAUGAUUAAAUGAUUGAAAUCUGUGUUGUUUCAAAAAUAUAAUUGUGCCAACGUAUUCAUUUCUUUCAUUAGAAAACUAACAUUUUAUUUACAAAAAAAAUUUUUUUUUUAAACGUGUGUCUCAGAGCAAAAUAGUCAGGAAAAGCAGCCAAUAAGAGUCCAGCGUCGGUGUGAACUCCUUUUAAUACUGUUUAAAAAGCAUCUCAGGGAAAUUCCUCAAGAAAUCGGUCGAGAAAAUGCCAAGAAUACAUUUCUGGAAAUUCUAGGCAAAAAGGACAUCUACUUUGAAGAUGCUAAAAUAUUGCAUUAUUUUGGAUUUUUUUUUUUUUUAUCACAACAUAAUUCCCAUAGUUCCAUUUGUGUUACUCCAGAGUUUUGAUGACUUUAUUAUUUUUUCCCCACAUUUUAGAAUAAUAAUAAUUAGUGUGUCUAAACUUUUGACGGGUAGCGUAUAUUCAAAUUAAUAGAGAUCGUGGAUUUACAGAUUUGCCCGUCACUCAUUUGCUGGAUUGUUUUACUAUUUUGUAAGACAUAUCCCAUAAACAGUGUAGCCAUAUAAUCGCAAUAUCCAUCUUGUGUAGUCCAUCUCGGCAUCUCCUACAGCAAGACGGCAGUUUCAUUCACAACCAACUUUAUGAAGGGUCUUAAUAAUUCUAAUCCCAUGUGCAAGACAUCGAAUCUUAUUAACAGGGGCCGCAAGUGUAAUUACAGCAUCUUACUAACUGAGCAGAGCUCAAGCUGAGAAAAUAACACUGGACUGAAAUAGCUUUUUACAGUAAGGAGACAACACUAUUACUGUCAUGUCAGAUUGUUAGAUGCUCAGGAGUAACAAAUCUGAUGUCUGUUUAAGUCCUCUAAAUUGCCACGGACAUUCUUCUUAUUUUCAUCACUAUUGUGCUAGCAUUCACAGCUGUAUGAUUUUAGAGUAGUAGUGUUAGUCUCAAACUCGUUAAUGAGUUUCCUAAUAUAGAAAACGAAUGAAGCACCAAGAUCGAUUCUUCUUUCUGGGUUUUCAGGAGAGGGAGUUUUCUCAGGACGGCAGCAGUAGCCCACCCGUUAUUACGAUAUGGAGAACUUGGAGGAGGACUUGACGUGCUCGGUUUGUUAUUCCCUCUUUAACGAUCCACGAGUACUACCCUGCUCCCACACCUUCUGCAAAGCAUGUCUGGAGAACGUGCUCCAGGUCUCCACUAAUUUCUCCAUCUGGCGCCCGCUUCGCCUACCACUGAAGUGUCCCAACUGCCGUAGCAUGGUGGAACUUCCCCCUAAUGGCGUGGAAGCUCUGCCGAUUAAUGUCUGUCUGCGCGCCAUCAUAGAAAAGUACCAGCAUGACAAUGAGCCGCGAGCUCCUUCCUGCCCCGAGCACCAUCGCCAGCCUCUGAACGUCUACUGCGUUCAGGACUGCAAGCUUAUAUGCGGCUUGUGCCUCACUAUCGGGCAGCAUCAGGGCCACACCAUUGAUGAUCUGCAGACAGCGUACGUCAAAGAGCGCAAUACCCCUGCCAGACUGCUCGAGCGGCUCACGGACGGGCGCUGGGAAGAAGUCUGUGGCCUGGUGGAGAAGUUAGAACAGGAAAAAUCUCGACAUGAAGGUCUAAUAAGGAAAGACCGUGAAGCUGUUACGCAGUUCUUUCAGGGCCUGGAGCGCCUUCUUGAGCACAAGAAAGAGGCAUUCAUGAAAGUUCUGGACAGGGCCAACGGGCAGCUGGCCUGCGCUUAUAAGCCACUUAUCGAGAAGCUUAAGGAUCUUAAGGAGGAGCAGCUAGAGCUCGUCUCUAUCGUCUCAAGCAUCAGUGAAGACGAGUCAGCCCUUGUUUUCCUGGAGAAGGUGAACCACUUGAGGGAGAGGGUUGAUGCCUUGACCCAGGCAGAGCUGCCUGAAGUCCCCACCCUCCACAUCUCACCCUGUUUAGAGGAGUUCCUCGAGGAACACUGGGUUAACGUGACGAUUGGAAGGCUGGAAGAUGGUCCCAUUCCAAAAAUCUCCUGUCACGUGAAGAGACAUUGUGACAAAGAGCCACAGUCAGAAUUAGCUCAGAAGCGGACGUUCAAGUCUUGGACCAUCGUGGCUUUUCUAACGGUGCUGCUGUUCCUUCUGCUUUUCUGGUUAAAUCCAGUGAGUGGAGAAUCACUUGGAUUCUCUAAUCUCUCACACAUUACUCAAGCAGUAGUGAGUCUAGCUCAUGAACUAACUUUAUUACUUCAUGAUUCGGGGACAUUUCUGUACUGCCUGCUUCAUGAUCUUAACCUUAAAUUCAGUGCGUAUAUUUCAGCUGUCGGGGAGCGCACCUAUCAACGUGUGGCCUUCUUUUUAAAAACAUUACAGUUAUGCUAAGUCACUGUGCAACCAGAAGCAGUACUCUGUGCUGGAGAGUUAACUUGGACAUUUACAUGUGCGUCAGAUUAAGCAGAACGGUUCAGUUAUGCAUGACUGGACAUCUGAACAGAGCACAGCUUGCCACAAGUCACAGCGUAGCAGUUAAUAUUCCUGUCUAGUGAUAAAAGGGGAACAGUAUGGUUCUAAGAGUUUGUUCUGGUAACAUAUCAACUGUGUUAUAACACAAUGCUGCUGUUUUGUUUCUAUUUUCUAAUUCACAAUAUUUUCUACUGAAAUUUUAAUAACUUGUCUGUCUGGUUUUUUUAAAAAUACAUAAUUAUCCAUGAA